AUGUUCACCACACUACCAGACUUCACACCGCGAGACUCGCAUUCUUUGUGGUACAGAUCUUCUCGCAGUCCUUACACCCCAUCUGGACCUCUCGACGACUUUAGCGGUGAUACUCAUAACAUUCAACAUGGCGCAAACCAAGCUCGACAACGAACAAAGCUCAUUGAGCGAUCAGCUCUCGCUCGGCUGGCCGCAGACGAACAGUACAUGCAGAGAAGACGACUGAACGUUCAGAAUUAUGGCAGCGGCUGGCUGAAACCCCCAGGUCUGCCUAAGACAUUGCACCAGAUGCGUGAGGAGAAGCGGGAACAAGAAGAACACCAAGAAUCAAUGCGCCGAGAGCAAUUAGCUCAAGAACUAGCUGAAGCUGAAGCGGAUAAUAUGCCUGGCGAGGGUACUAUGGACGAUGUUCAGCUUGACGGAGCUCAGGAUCUAGACGAUGAAAUUCCUGAUGCGGAUGAAGAAGGGUAUGCCUUCGGCGGCGACGACGACGACGAGGAGAAUGAGAACGAUGACGAAGAGGAUGAUGAGGACGAGGAUGAGGAUGAAGAAGAUGGUGAAGAGACAGAUGAUGAGGCUCUGAGAGCAGAGCGCCAGAACGACCUCAUGCAAGCACGUAUGAGGAUGGGUGACGACGCUUUUCGCGAAGCCCUUGUCCGCGGUGAGCCGGAUGCUAACGACAUGUAUGGCGACACCGAAGAACUCGAAGAAGAAGAGGAUAAUGGCUGUCUUCUCGACGAGGAAGACUUCGCGCAAGACGAUGACCUUGGCAUGGACAUGGAUGCCGAUCUUGACGAAGAUAUCCCCGAGGCUGAGAGCGGCGGCUACGAGCAUACCGACUCUGAAGCUGAAAUCUCCAGUAGCGAACAAGAGUCCUCCAACGACGAUGAGGAUGAUGAUGAAGACGAUGUUGACGUUAGUUUCGCACCUCGCUCUGCAACACUCCCUCGUCCUAUGUCGCCCACCUUCCAUGGCCGUUCUAGCAUGGCACAUCCACGCGCCAGCAUGGAUCUAAGUAACCUUCUCUCUCAAGACGGCAGUAGUUUUAUGCAGAGCAGUCCCGCUGGACGACGAGCCCGUCACGGCUAG